GUAGGUACGUGGCUGCUUCAGCUGACAUCUCUGCAUGAUGGCGACAGAGGUUCAGAGCGGCGACCUCGACUCUGCUCACUCCAGCCGGCUCGAAGUGUCCAUCGAUGGGCUCACUCUCAGUCCCGACCCGGAGGGCGAGCAGGGACAGGCUCCGGAGUCGGAACCCGAACCUGAACCUACGUCUCCCGAGAGCGACGAUCCUGAUGGAGCGAAUGCUAAGUCCACGAUAGAGACGAAAUGGGGCUUUGCUCUGCAGGAGCUCUACGGGAUGGCUCUAAAAUUCUUUAAAGAUAAAGAUGGAAAAGCGUUCCACCCGACCUACGAGGAGAAGCUUCGGCUGGUGGCGCUGCACAAACAGGUCUUACUGGGUCCUUACAAUCCUGAUGCCUCACCAGAAGUUGGCUUCUUUGAUGUCCUGGGCAACGAUCGCAGGAAAGAGUGGGCGUCUCUGGGUAACAUGGAGAAAGAAGAGGCCAUGGUGGAGUUUGUCAAGCUGCUGAAUAAGUGCUGUAACCUUUUCGCGCCAUACAUCACGUCACAUAAGAUCGAGAGGGAGGAGCAGGAGAGGAAAAGGAAAGAAGAGGAGGAGCGGCAGAGGCAGGAAGAGGAGGAGAGAGAGCGACAAAGGCAGGAGGAGGAGAGAAGGAGACUUGAAGAGGAGGAAAGGCUGAGGAAGGAAGAAGAGGAAAGGAGACAGGCAGAGGAGGAAAGGCUACGAGUUGAGCAGCAGAAACAGCAGAUCAUGGCGGCGCUGAACGCCCAGACAGCUGUCCAGUUCCAGCAGUAUGCUGCUCAGCAGUACCCCAACAGCCCCGAGCAGCAGCUGAGCCUCAUCCGCCAGCUCCAGGAGCAGCACUACCAGCAGUACAUGCAGCAGCUUUACCAGGUCCAGCUGGCCCAGCAGCAGGCAGCAUUACAGAAGCAGCAGCAGACAGAUUUGAUGGUACAGACGACCUUGGAAGGUGGCGGCUUUGGCGAGCCCAUCCUCGCCUCAGCAGCAGGAUCUUUAUGUGCAGUUUUGUCACCCGGUGGGGAAGAAAUCCCAACAGUCAACGGAGGCCAGUCAGACUCGUACUCUGAGAGCAUGGACCGGGAGCCCGAACCUGAGCCAGCAGAGGAGGUCUCGGAGAACGGACCCUUGAUAGCCGACUCGCCUCCAGUCAUCGCUGCCCCGUCCAUGUGGACACGGCCCCAGAUCAAGGACUUCAAGGAAAAGAUCCGACAGGACGCUGACAGCGUGAUCACAGUCGGGCGCGGUGAGGUCGUGACAGUGCGUGUCCCCACCCAUGAGGAGGGCUCCUACCUGUUCUGGGAGUUCGCCACGGACUAUUAUGACAUCGGAUUUGGGGUCUUCUUUGAGUGGACAGAUGCUGCUUCUGCGUCAGUCAGUGUGCACGUGUCAGAGUCCAGCGACGAGGAUGAGGAUGAUGAAGGUGAUGCUCCCAAUGAGGAGGAGAAGGCCAAGAAGGAGGCGGGGAAGCCUCAAGUGGAUGAGAUUGUGCCGGUCUACCGGCGGGACUGUCACGAGGAGGUUUACGCCGGCAGCCACCAGUACCCCGGCCGUGGGGUCUACCUGCUCAAGUUUGACAACUCCUACUCACUGUGGCGCUCCAAGAGUGUUUAUUACAGAGUCUACUACACUAGAUAAGCCUGAAGAGACACCGGGUGGCGCCGAGGAGUGCGUUUGUUCAACUGUAUGUGUGUGUGAGACGCCAGUGCAGAUGUAUACGAGUGUGUUGUGAGAAGGAGACCGAUACUGGAGAUCGCCACCAGGGGGCAACAAACAUUUGGAAGCCCGGUUUGCAGAUUGGACUCGUUUGCAUUCUACAUGUCCUGAGAUUCUGUCUGUCCUCUCUUGGAAGAGGAGGGUGCAUUCUGUCAUGUAUUCACCACCUCCCCGUGCUGCACUUAUGAGCUGUUGGACUUUGCUGUCUUGUUGUAAUUUUACCACUUUUCGCACCUGGCUCCUCCUCCCGCUUCGCACAGUUCACCGUGGCCUUAUGGCUGCUCUCCCCUGCAUUGAGAACCAUGAAGGGAUACCAGCACUUCCUGUAGUUAUGGUUUAUCCCACGUACCACGUAACACUAUGUUGUUUUUGUUUGUUGAGUGUCUGGUCUGUGGACAGACUCACUCCUCUUAUUUUGGAGCUGAACAGUCUGACUUCUUAACUGCUCACCAGGUCCGUGAAAAUCUGCAAAGGGUUUUGUAAUGUGUGUCUUAUAACUUUAUAGGCAGAAACAGUUUGCCUUCUAUUUGGUGAAAUGUAGGAGAGGUCAACAGGUCAGGCUGUUAAUUUUUUUUUUUCUCCUAAGAGCAAAGCGUCCUGGUAAAAUAAAUGGUCACACAAGACAAUUCUCUUGAUUUGGGCAACUGUUCAAAGUUUUGAAGUCUGAAAUGCUUAUUAAAAACAUUAAUUUCUGUCCUAUUUAAUUACUUUUAUAUGUGAACUCAAAACUUAAUUUUCAUUUACACUGACCACCAGAAGACGGCGUAAUCUUCAGGAUGAGAGCCUGUGUUUGAAGGUCCCGUCUGAGUAACUUGCAAAUACAAUGAGUGUUUGCUGAUAAAACUCAAAUAUGAAUCCACAAAAAGGACGAGAUGGUUGUUACAAAUUACAGUUGAGGGGCACAACUUCAAAUUGUCAAGAUGAGUUUCUACUGAUAAAAGGAGCAUGUGUCCUCUGUUGGUCUUGUGCAUGUGUGCGUUCAAUGUUUAAGACUCCAUAGUUACGAUAGUCGUGGUUAAAAUACGACCUUUUGUUUUCUGUGUUAGGUUGUAGAUUCCAGCUUCCAUUUUUUUCAACUCCACCUGAUUUAGUGCUACCUAAAGUGUUGAGGGCUGAUUUUUAUCUUCACUGUGUUGGAUUAGUUUUAUUUUUACAAUAAACCAUUUUGUGGCUUUAGUGACAAAAAAAAAAUUAAAAUAAAUGCUUCUAAUAUCCAUUACAGGAAAAAGACAGUAAGAUCUCUUCAACAUACUUAUUUGACCAAACAAACUAAAAUUAAAAAUACAAAAAUUCAUCUGCAUUUUGAAACCCAGUUAAAACUUUUCUUUGGUUCGGUCAGUUUAAAAUCAAUCAAAAAUAUUCAAUGAUUAAAAAAAAAAAACGUUUUAAACCACUUUGUCUUUGGUGGGGAGCUGGUUAAAACCAGAUUCUGACCACAUUAGUGUUUUACUAGUUUUGAACUGUUUGAAUGCUUUGAAAGAACAUGAUAAACACAAUCUGGUUUGAACCAGUUCCUAAAAUGAUUUAAAAGCAGAUUAAACUUAUCUGUUAAUGGAAACUUGGAAAAAAUUUAUCUCGAAACAGCAUCAAAUAUUUGGCCUUUUUUUUUAUCCCGAUAGGUGACUUAUUGGAUUAAUCAUUGAUCAGAAUAUUAGUUUUCUCUUUAUGGAUUUGCACUCAUCUCUACUUUUUCCCCUUAAUGUCAAAGUUCUGCCUUUCAGAUCUUUUUCUCAGUUAUUCUAUAGAUUUAAAAUAAUCUCUUCAUAUUGAUCAUUCUGUCCUCUGAAGAGGCUUCGCUCAAUUUGGUUAACGCUCUUAUUUUGAAGCUGUUGCAUCUCAUGAUGGUUCAGAUGAAGAAAUUUUUCAGCCAAACUGCAGUGUUGAUGUACAUUAAUUUUAUUUUGCAUUUGUGGAACGAGGUAACCAUUUAUCUCACCUGGUGUCAUUAAUAAAUUAGGUUAUUUGAGAUUUGGUGACGAGGUUGUUUACCGAUUAAUUGUAUUUGCCUUUGGGGGGAGGCUGCUUCUGAUUGGCUUCACAUCACUUUGCAGCUUUGAAUGUGACUUGUGAUCUGCGCUGUUCCACACAGGCGUUUGGUUUAUCCCGGUGAUGGAGCUGUAUUUCUACACUUUAUGCAAUGAAACCUUAAACACGAGCCGACCCACGUGUUCCCUCACAUGUCGUUUUGUCGGGUGUCUCAUCCAUGCAGUGAUGUCACCUGAGCUUUAAGUCAUCCAACAAGUUUCAGACGGUUCUGCUAUCUGCUGAUGGGCUGUUUGUUGACUUUCUUCCUGCUUUGAGUUCUUGAAGCCUUGUUAUGUAGAUAAUUGGAUAACUGAGGUAAGCGUCCGGGUUUGCAGGAGGCGCCUGUGGUUUUAUUAAAUCAAUGCACUGUAAAAUAAGGUGAAUGAGAUGUUUGUGUACAUUUUACCUUGAAUGAAAGUCCUAAACUCAAAAGUGUAAAACUAUCCACAUGACAGAAAAGCUUUUUGUAUUGUUAUGGAGCUCCUACGAGUUGCAAGAUCUUUUGGGCAUAUAUAUAUUAUAUAUAUUUAAUCUUGAUUAAACUUGUGUUCAUCUCAA